CGGAGGAGGUGGGAGUUCACGACCGGCGCCUUCUCCUUGCUCCUAGGGGUCGUGGCCUUGCUCCCGCUGUGCAAGGCGAGAGGGUCCGGGCGCGUCCGCGCGCGUGUGUGCGCGUGGGGCCUGUGGUGCGCGUGGGGCCUGUGGUGCUCGUGGGUCCACCCUAGGUCUCUGCGGGGGCAGAAGCAGAAGCCAUGGGCGGGACGGCCAGCACCCGCCGGGUCACCUUCGAGGCGGACGAGAAUGAGAACAUCACCGUGGUGAAGGGCAUCCGGCUUUCGGAAAAUGUGAUUGAUCGUAUGAAGGAAACCUCUCCAUCUGGCCCAAAGUCUCAGCGGUAUUCUGGUACUUAUGGUGCCUCAGUUUCUGAUGAAGAAUUGAAAAGAAGAGUGGCUGAGGAGCUGGCAUUGGAGCAGGCCAAGAAAGAAUCUGAAAAUCAGAAACGACUAAAGCAAAGCAAAGAACUGGACUCUGAGAAGGCUUUUGCCAAUGAGCAGUUGACCAGAGCUAUUCUUCGUGAGAGGAUAUCAAAUGAGGAGGAACGAGCUAAGGCGAAGCACCUGGCUAAGCAGCUGGAAGAGAAGGAUCGGGUGAUAAAGAAGCAGGAUGCAUUCUACAAAGAGCAGCUGGCUAGACUGGAGGAGAGGAGCUCAGAAUUCUACAAAGUCACCACUGAGCAAUACCAGAAAGCUGCUGAGGAGGUGGAAGCAAAGUUCAAGCGGUAUGAGUGUCAUCCCAUCUGUGCCGAUCUGCAGGCCCAAAUUCUCCAGUGUUACCGCCAGAACUCCCAGCAGACCCUCAGCUGCUCCACACUGGCCAGCCAGUACAUGCACUGCGUCAAUCAGGCCAAACAGAAAUGAAGAGGUUUUGUACCACCUCUGCCACUCAUUGGUGGCAACUGAGUGUAGUUUGACAACAGGUGUAUGGACCAGCCCUGGAAGACACAGCUUUGCCCCCUGUGUCUUCAGGGAGUCACCCAGGAAUCAGGUGAACUGCCGUGCUGUCUUUGAGGAUGUGAUUUUUAAUACAAGUAGCAAGGUAUUUUGUGAAUAUGGUUACUUCUCUGUGUUUUAUGUUUGUUCAAAAAUGUUCUUUUAGUGUCUUCAUGUUAGACUGGCCCACAGUUUUCACACCAGCCAAGGCCCAGCUCGUCUCUCUUAAGAGUCUGACAUUCUUAGCAUUACAUGACCUGGCUAAAAAAUUACCCUUCCAUAUAUGGUUGGGGUUACAGGGAGGAGAAAACAAAAAAGAUCUCCUAGACUCUUGUGAACACUUUAAACUCUUGCUUUUAUUUAUGUUGUGGUCACUGUGGAUUAUUUUGCAACAUUUGAAAAGAGGUAUGUUGUCACAUGGCUGUCGCUAUAGCCAUGAGACCUCAAUUGUAGAAUGAGGCACAGCCAUGUGGUAUUUGACCAGGCAGGUAGCAGCUUACAGUUCCCAUUGGUGUGUUGAAGAAAGUAAUGAGUAUAUAACCUGCAAAGUAGCAUCACUCACAAAGUGAUCAUUUUCUUUAGUAACUAAGUGCCCUUACUUGGCUUCAGUGUAGAUCUGCUUUAUACUGACUUCCGUUUUGUAUUAAUAAAUAAUGUUAUGGCAAGGUUGUCUGUAUAUCUGGAGUUUAUAGAGCUUCCCCUUUGCAUAGUUGGAGAGGCUUUCACAGAUGAAGUCACAAGGGUAUGAGGAUAAAUGAUACUGUGAUAUUGCCUGGUCUGACUCUUACAUGGUAAGUGCUCGAUUUUUAAGUUUUCCAACAAAUACAGAUUAGUUUGAGAGGAGCCUCACAUUCUAGUGUUCUAUAAGAUGACUUUCUGCUGAGUGGAGUCUUUCUCUUAAUAUGUGUCCUCUACAAACUACUUUGUCUGCUUUUAUAUCUAUUCUUCUUUAGUAGCCUAUGGACAUAGACUUCUUAGAAGCCUGUAAUCAUGGAUACUUUAGGAAAACCUUUAGGAUAAGCUGUUCAUCCUGUGCUUCUGUGACCCAGUAUGCUUCUCUGUCCUCCUUUUCCUUUUCUGCCCCUUUAUUUCAAUUUGUUUUCUUCAUCUCUGACCUUAAAUCUUUAUCUCUAAAGACCUUUGACCUCUUUCCCAAGCCUGCAACUUCCCUCUAGACAUUUCCUUCUGGGAUGUCUCAUCAUCUUCCCAGAUUCCCAAACCCAAAAUGUUAUCUUCCUCAUUCCCAAGAUGACUCCUCCCACUGACUUUCCUGUUUCUCUUGGUCACACCACCUUUCUCCCUGUCACUGAGGAGCCACCAUACCUAAGGUCUCGUCAUUGCUUUUUUAAAAUUUUCCUUCCCUUGUCUUUUUAUGGCUCUAUUUCUUGUUCCAACCCUAGCCUCACUUCUAAUUUGCCUCCUCCCUGGUCUUCCUGCCUCCAGACUCUCCUCCAUUGGAUCCAUUGUGCUAAGGAUGUCAGGGUAGCCUUUCUAAAUGACAUCUUCCUACUAAGGACAGUCAUUGGAUUCCUAGGUUUUUUUUAAUGGCCAACAAGGUAGUGUCUCAGCCUGACAUUCACAAUGGGCCCUUUCUAUACUCUUUCCAUUGGUACAUCCUGAAUGCCUGCCCUUUCCUCUAGCUAGGCCUGUCUCUCUCCUCCAUUUUUCAUCCCAUACAUACUGGGCUUUUCCCCUCCUCUGAAUGUUUACCAGUGCUGCCCCCCUCAUCCCUCUCUACCUUCUGUUCUAUCCAUAGUGAAAGAUGUCUGAGGAUCCUUCCCUGAUCACUCCAGCUGCAGAGAGUUAUCCUCUUCUGAAAUAGGCAGGCAGCACUCUGCUUUUGAAGCAAUACCUUCCCUGGAAGAGUACACAAAGAGUUGGGAAAUAGGAGAAAGACAAAAAAUUACUUUGUCCUAUAUAUUCUUUUGUUCUUCUUGAAUUUUAUACUGUGUGCAUGUAUUACUUAAUCAGUAAAAUAAAGUUUUAAUGUAUUUAGCAAAUGUAUUUUUAGAAAUAGCAAGUUAUUACUCUGUAUUAUGCCUUAAUUUUCCAUGAGCAUGUGUAUUGGUUUCCCCAUAUCACCUAAUUUGAUACAAUGAGUACCUAGUAGGACCUCAGUUAAGAGGUUGGGUGAAGAAGUGGCUGGAAGGGUGAGGGAUGGAAGAAGACAUGAACAAAUCAGAGGCGAUCUUGGGCCUGACCUAGCUCUUCUUCCUGAGUAGUUUCAAAACUAAAGGGGAAAGGAUCCCUUUUUUCUUCUUAAAGUUUCUUAAGAAUGGAGACAGUUUAUCUCCUGCCCCAGCUAGCAGAGUUCUAAUCUGACAGUUAAGAAUUUUUUCUGCCUAGGAUUAUAUAUAUAGGAAAUUGUAAAAACUCAAUCAGAAAACUGUUAGAAUUGAUCAACAAAUCCAGUAAAGUUGCAGAAUACAAAAUUAACAUACAAAAAUCAGUAGUGUUUCUAACAAUGAAUUUUCUGGAAAAGAAAUUGAUUCCAUUUAUAGUAACAUCAAAAACAAUAAGAUGCUUAGGAAUAUAUUUAACCAAGGAGAUCCAAGGUCUCUACUCUGAAAGCUACAAGACAUUGGUGAAAGGGAUCAAAGAAGAUACAAAUAAAUGGAAAGGUAUUCCAUGUUCAUGGAUUGGAAGAAUUAAUACUGUUAAAAUGGCAAUACUACCAAAUGCCAUCUAUAGAUUCAAUGCAAUCCCUAUCAAGAUCCCAGUGGUAUUUUUUUUAAUAUAGAAAUAGAAAAAACAGUCUGAUAAUUUAUUUGGAACCACAAAAGACCCUGAAUAGCCAAAGAAAUCCUGAGAAAGAACAACAAAGCAGGAGGCAUCACACGUUCUGGUUUCAAACUAUACUAUAGAGCUGUAGUAAUUUAAACAGUAUGGUACUGUUUAAAUGACACAUAGGCCAGCGGAACAGAAUCGAGAGCCCAGAAAUAAACCCAAGCAUGUACAGUCAACUAAUAUUUGACAAGGGAGACAAGAAUACUCAAUGGAGAAAGUCUCUUCAAUAAAAGGUACUGGAAAAAUUGGAUAUUCACAUGUCAAAGAAUAAAACUAGACCCCUAUCAUAUACCAUUCAAAAAAACUCAAAAUUGGUUAAAAACUUAAAUAUAAGAAACCAUGAACCUCUUAGAAGAAAACAUAGGAUAAAAGCUCCAUGACAUGGGUGUUGAUAAUUAUUUUUUGGAAAUCAUACCUAAAGUACAAGCAGCAAAAUCAAAAAUAAACAAGUGGGGCUACGUCAGACUGAAAAGCUUGUGUACAGCAAAAGAAACCAAAGUGGAAAAACAGCCUACAGAAUGGGAAAAAAAUAUUUGCAAACCAUGUUCCUGAUAAGGGGUUAAUACCCAAAAUGUAUAAGGAACUCAUACAACUCAAUAGCAAAAACAAACAAAAAAUCCAAUUAAAAAAUGGGCAAAGGAUCUGAAUAGACAUUUUUUGAAAGAUGUGUGAGUGGCCAACAGGUGUAUAAAAAGAUGCUCAGUAUCACUAGUCAUUAGGGAAAUGCAAAUUAAAACCACAGUGAGAUAUCACCUCAUGCCCAAAUGGCCAUCAUCAAAGAGACAACAAAUGCUGGCAUAGAUGUGGAGAAAAGGGAACCCUUGUGCACUCUUGAUGGGGUUGUAAAUUGGUGUAGCAACUAUGGAAAACAGUAUGGAGGAUCCUAAAAAAAAUUAAAUUUAAAACUACCAUAUGAUCCAGCAAUUCCACUUAUGGGAAUGUAUCCAAAGGAAACAAAAACACUAACUUGAAAAUACACCUGCACUCCCAUGUUCAUAGCAGCAUUAUUUAAAAUAGCCAAAACAUGGAGACAACCUGUGUCUAUCAGUGGAUGAGUGGGGAAAAAAAAGCUGUGGUAUACAUAUAGACAGUGGAGUGUUAUUCAGCCAUGAAAAAAAGACCUCAGGAAAUCCUGCCACUUGCUACAAUAUGGGUGGAUGUUGAAGGCAUUGUGCUAAGUGAAAUAAAUCUGACAGAGAAAGACAGAUACUGUGUGAUCUCACUUAUAUGUCAAAUCUGUAAACAAAAAACAAACACCAAGCUUAUAGAAAAAGACGUAAGAUUUGUGGUUACAAGAGGCGGCUGGGGACGGGGGGUAGGUGUAGGCGGAAGAGGGGUUGGAGGAAGGUGGUCAGAGGUACAGGCUUCCAGCUGUAAGAUAAGUACUACGGGUGUAGUGUACAACGUGAUCACUACAGUGGACACUGCAUGGUGAUACAGGAAGGUUGUCAAGAGAGUGGAUCCUAAGAGUUCUCAGUGCAGUGAGCAUUUUUGUCUUUUUUUUUUAAUUGUAUGUAUAUGAGGUGACAGAUGUUAACUAAACCUGUUGUGGCAACUGUUUCGGAAUAUAUAUAAAUCAAACCAUCAUGCUGUACACCGUAAACCUUAUACAGUGAUAUAUGUCAAUUAAUUCUCAAUAAAACUGGAAAAGAAAUUCUUCCUGUCUACUGUUCCUCACCCCCACCCACACAAAUAACUGCGUAGAAUGUAGGGGCCAUUUCUGUAGUUUGGGAAGACAUACUUAGCUCUGUGUAGCUCCACCCAGCAUUAUGAGUUCAUGAACAGCUGCAUUCUGCCUAGAGUGAGCAGAGGCUUCGGGGAGAAGACCUUGCCUUCAGUUGAGAGAUUCCCUCUUCGCCCUGCUCCACCCCACCCCGCCCUUACCCCCUUGGCAGUAGCUCUCCCCCAGUCCCUGCAGCCACCAGAAACGCUCCCACACAUCCCCAGUGUCCAGGGUAGUGAAACUGCACACACACUUCCCACUGCACCCCCGCUCUCACAGCCCAGGCCCUGUUCACCCUUCGGGUUCCGUUUGAUAUGGUGGGGGGAGGGGUCAUUUGGAUAUUAUACAUGACUAAGCAGUGAUGUUCAUUAAAGGCUAUUGUAUUUCCAGACCAGGAAGCAUAUGCCUUGCUUUAUAUGUGUUUGAGGUAGAUCUUUGAAAAGCGACACAAGCGGUACUAAAUAGUUACUGCUCGUACUUGGUCCCCUCCUUCUGCUGGUAAAUCUUAUGUUUUCUA